AUGGACUUUUUGAUGCAAAAUUCCGAUGUGGAUCCUGUUGAGCUAACCAAAUCCCUUCUUGUUGACUGGGCAUUCUUGUUUGAGGACCCUGACAGUCCAUCUCCACUCACUGCAUACCGCUCACCCUUCGUAUUGCAGCUAUUUGGCACAGCACACCUCCACACCAUCAAUGGGUAUGUGGAGGUUCGCUCCUUUGACAUGCAUGCACCUGCAAUGAGGGGGAUGUUACACCCUCUUGCUCUUUCUGCUGCAGCAAUCGAGCGCGCUAUCACCAUGAUUGCACAGAAAGAACUCAAAGCUCAAAAUGUUCUGUUGUCCGCAUCGAGAGGUUGGGUUAGCAUCAAGCUGCCAAAGAUCCUCAACAAAGCUACUGGAAAGGAGACCAAUGUUCUGUUCUUAUUUUUGGCAGCUCGCUGGGCUAAACUGACUAAUUCAUUCAUCAAAUCUCUGCUAGGCAAGCCCGCUGGAUACCUGGAGACCACAGUACAGAUGGCGUGUGCCACCUUGAAUGAUGUCUCUGAAACACCAUCGGGCUUGCUCAGCGAGGACAAGUUGGAGGAUGAUGAGUGUGCUAUGAUUUAUAAGUAG